GCCCCUCUGAGUCCGCCGGCGUAAUAAACCUGCUUUUCUGCACCCUUUAAGUGCCACUCGGUUUGUUCUCGGUCAACUCUGCUGUAACAUAUGUGCACUUAAGUGUUGAUCAGUUAAUGCCAAUUUGACGGGUCAUGAAUACAGCGUUUCUGAGCAUGGAAUCAACUACCCCAGCCUGGAGCACGAAAUUCACAAAAAGGGAUGGAAGUAACAAGAUCUAUUCUCGACCUUGUGAAUUGGAAGCUCCGAUCUUUACUUGCCUGGCUGGCAUCAUUGCCCUGGUCGGGCUGGUGGGCAACGGCCUUGUGCUCUGGCUGCUGAGCUUCCGCGUGCGCAGGAACGCCAUCUCCGUCUACAUCCUCAACCUGGCCGGGGCCGACUUCCUUCUCCUCUGCUUCCCGAUGAUACAAUCCCUGAAUAAACUCACUGAGGUCUUCCAUUAUUCCUUCUUCAUCCCUAACGUCUUCGUCUAUGUGUUGCCUUUUUCCCACCUUGCAGGGCUGAGCAUGCUGAGCACCAUCAGCACAGAGCACUGCCUGUCCGUCCUGUGGCCCAUCUGGUACCGCUACCACCGACCAGGACACAUGUCAGCUAUUGUGUGUGGCCUGCUCUGGGCCCUGGCCCUGCUGCUGAGCACCCUGGAUGUCGUCUGUGAAUUUUGGUACACUGGUCACCGUAACUGGUGUAAGACACCUAAAAUCAUCCUAUGUGCGUGGCUGACUGUUUUACUUGUGGUUCUCUGCGACUCCAGCCUGACCCUUCUCAUCAGAUUCCCAUGUGGUUCCCGGCGGAUGCGGAUGAGCAGGCUGUAUGUGACCAUCCUGCUCACAGUGCUGGCCUUCCUCGUCUGUGGCCUGCCCCUGGACAUUGUCUGGUUCUCAUAUGUAUGGAUGCAGCUUGACGGUGAAGUCAAUUGUUAUUUAUUUCUAGGUUCCCUGUUCCUGAUGUCUGUCAACAGUAGCACCAACCCCAUCAUUUACUUCUUUGUGGGCUCCUUUACCCAGCAACAGCUGGAAAGGCGGCAGACCCUCAAGCAGGUUCUCCAGCGGGCUCUGCAGGACACUCCUGAGCUGGAUGAAUGUGGGGGCAGCGCUCCUCAGGGACCCCUGGAGCUGUCGGAGAGCAGAUAGGCCAGGGAGGAACAGCCUCUGCCCUGGUCACUCACAUGUGACUCUGACGGACAACACAGCCCUGGCACACUUCACAAUUACAUGCGUUUUCUCAACCUUGUGCCACUGAAGUGCCUCAGUAAUUCCCCAAUGCCUUCAAGUAGAUUUCUUUUUAACCUGGCUUUUCUAGUUUUACUCAGAGAAAGCAGUAUCUGAAAGUUCAUUGUCUCCAUCCUUCUUGACAUUACCAAUAAUUUUCUCAUGUUAUCUUCCUCUGAAUCUUUCUGUUGAAAACAUUUUCUUUGCAAGUUUCAUUGCAGUGGAAAGCAUGCCUGUCUGAAAUGGCACAACUCUUCUCUAUAAUUGUUUUCCAUCUGACAGCAUCAAAAAAGACUCCUUAUUUAUCACUCAGAAUAUGUUCCCCUGAAAAUAAUGUUCCCUCUGUGACUGGGGAGGCCAUGCUGCAGGUGGGAAGCUGGCUCUGAAUGAGUGAGCUGCUUCCUGUAAAUCUCAUUGAGUUCUCAGGUAUUAGAGAAAAUAAUGUCCAUAGAGACAGACUCUCUGCCUUCAUACAAACAGUCUAGGAAACUGGUUUUAUGAAAAGUAUCCUUGACCAUGGCAUGUCAUUUGCCCAUGGUGGUCAUUUGUUCAUGGCAUGGUAACAAGUUGGCCUUAGCUUCUAGUAAAGAAAACCAUGGCCCCCUACCCUGGAAAACGGGUGAGUGGUCAUGUAGGUCUUCCUUCACCGGGGGGCCAGUGUACAGUCUAUAAAUAUUCCCCAGUUCCACCUUCACCAUUGGCAACCUCAAUAUUGUUUUCAGACAGGAAUUUUUCUUGAAAACCGUUUAUUUUAGCUCAGACUUUCCUUUAUUUGUAAGAUGACUCUGUUUACUUCCAGUUUUGGCAAAUUGUUCUACCUGUAACUUGCAGUUAGUUCCAUGCCCAGUCACCAUGAGAAUCGGGAUUGAAAACAUCUAACCUUUUCAUGAUAAUGUCUGUUACACUAUACUGAUAAUAAUUUUGAGUUAACACUGAAUGCAGAUACACACUGGGACAUAGAUGAACCUUGAGAACUUUGUGCUAAGUGAACAAAGCCAGACCCAAAAGAAUAAUAUUGUAAGUUCAACCCCUAUAAGGUAUCCAAAGUAGGAAAACUGAUCACACAGAUAAUACCAAGGAUGGGGUACAGGGUCAAUGUAUACUCAUUGUUUAAUGGAUACAGAAUUUCUGUGUGACAUGAUGAAAAGUUCUUAAACAGUGUCAAUGGUUAUGUUUUACUCUAAGUAUACUGAAUGUCACUGAAUUCUACACUUAAAUGGCCAAAGUAGUAAAAUGUAUAUUAUGUAAAUUUUACAAUUGUCAAAAAUGAUUAAGGAAACUAGAAUCAAUGUAGAGUUGAGGACUAAUCUGGGCCACUGGUUCCUGUUUCCACAAAGAACUCAAGCAGAGGGAAGGGGCCACCACGAGCUGUUGUGACAACACAGCGGGCUUUCUUCUGCUCACAAGCAGUGUGGCUGCCCCUCAGAUUGACCUUCACAGAGGGGAGCUGACAAACUGAGUACCCAGGAGACAGUACAGGGCAACUAUGAUAUGAAAAAGUCUGUGGUUUUCAGAUUUGCCAAUCAAAUUCCUUGAUUGCUUUUAUAACAUAGUCAGUAUACAGAACUCAGGCUCCCUGAGUCCAGAUGCAAUCCUCUUCCAUGUCCAGCACUGUGCUGUGUGUACACCCUUGAUUUCCAAAUGCCUUAGUAGGACUUGUCUGUCCUGAGGGCUCCCUACUGUGGGAGGAGGCAGGAAGACAGUGCCUGCAGCCUGUGCACCAGGUAAGGCACUGUAUGUGAUGUCGUCAGUUCAGAUGAAGGACUACUAUGAGAGUAGCCCUGUGAGUCUGUCAUAUCAUCAAUUGUACAGCUUUGGCUAAAGAUGUUCCCCAUCAUGAGGAGCCCCAUAGUGAAAUUUCACCCGGCCACUGGUUACUUUGAUGUCAGGGACAUACCUUUUCAAGGUGCCUGCAAGAAAUCUUAGAGUCCCUGCUGGCUUAGGCUCAGCCCCUGAAGCCCAAUGGAACUAAUUUGGCCCCAGACAUUCCUCUGUUAUAGCACUGGGAACACUGUAGCUCAAUGAUUUGUCUCCCUGUGUCCCUCCUCCACAGCACUGUGGGGUCUUUAAGAGCAGAGAAUGUGUCACUGAAUCCCUGGUGCUUGGGACAGGGCUCAGAAUUUAGAGGAUGCUCAGCAAUUAUUAAUAUUUUUCUGAAGCAGCUCCCACCUGAAAAUCACAGGGAGGUCCAGCAUCUUGAAAGGACUGGCUCAGUCACCAGGUCUCACUGUUGCUCCUACAGCCACCUCUUGCCCAAGAAAGCGUCAGUGUCCUGCGAGCGAGGCUCCUCCCUUUCAUUGCAGAUCUGCUCACUGCUAUGGGGGAGAACGCAGGGGAUGCAGGAGUCUGCUCACGAGCUGCCUCUUUCAAGGCUAGUGAUGGAUUUUCCUCGCAGGUGCGUGUUGCACAGAACACGAAGGAUAUCCAGGAGUGUCCUCCAGGAAGAGAGAAAAGAUUCAAAAGUCCCUCAGGGCACCUUUUGGGAGCUGUCAUGCAUGACUGUGUAUUUAUGCAUGAAUUCAACAAACAUUUCAAGCUAAAUUAUAUAUAUGACCCUAAAGUCUACUUUAUUCUUUGGUUAUAAAGUGUCACAAUAUAAGAUCGCAUUGCUUUAUGUUGUUACCUAGGCUUAUACUUAGCCUAGGUGGACCAGAUGGGGUGCAAGGGGUGAGGCUGAUAUGUGAGUAGACAUGGGACAGAGGCCAAGGAACAUCUCAGGAAACAAUCAUGUUUCAACUGGCUCUAGUCUCCGAUUUGCCUGUAGUCCCUGAAGAGGAAAUCACAGAGCUGUCCAGCAUCUUUUUUUUUUUUUUUUUUUU